GACAUCUGGGUGCUUGCGACUUCUUCUCCCACCAUUCCCGGCCCGACCAAAAACUUCAAACUUGCAACUGCUCGACAACUUGGCUUUCGCCUCUCUGCCGACAUAAACUAAAGACCCGUCGUCGCCGAUAAACCCAGGGGGUCAUCGCUGAGCUCCAUCCGAUCCCCGCCCUAAGCUACCGAUCGUCCUCGCUACGAAUCCGACCCUCCUCCCUCCCCCCUUUCCCGCCUUCUUCCACGUAUCGUAUUGCGAUUCAGGAGCCAUCUGCGACAGGACACUUGACCACAAAGACGCCUGUCCCGACCUGAUCCUCAACCUCCCCUCAUCCGUCCCACGACCGCAUCCUCCAAGAGCGCCGGCCGCAUCGCAACAAUGAGCGCGCCCCAGACCCUUUCCAGCCAAGGUGGCAUCUCGGAUCCCGCCUUGAUCACCCUCGUGAACAAGCUCCAGGACGUCUUUACAACAGUCGGCGUCACCAACCCCAUCGACCUCCCUCAAAUAGUCGUCGUUGGCAGUCAGUCCAGCGGUAAGAGUUCCGUUUUGGAAAACAUUGUAGGAAGAGACUUCUUGCCCCGAGGCUCUGGUAUCUGCACUCGUCGACCCCUCGUGCUCCAGCUCAUCAACCGUCCCGCGACUUCACAAAACGGCAUCGAGGAGGUGGAAAACAGCACCGACAAGGCGGCCAACGCUGACGAAUGGGGCGAGUUCCUCCACAUCCCCGGCCAGAAGUUUUACGACUUCAACAAGAUUCGCGAUGAAAUCAGCAGAGAAACCGAGGCCAAGGUCGGCCGCAACGCCGGCAUCUCCCCCGCUCCCAUCAACCUGAGAGUCUACUCCCCGAAUGUUCUUACACUGACCCUGGUCGAUUUGCCCGGCCUGACCAGAGUUCCCGUCGGAGACCAGCCUCGAGACAUCGAGCGCCAGAUCCGCGACAUGAUCCUUAAGUACAUCUCCAAGUCCAACGCCAUCAUCCUCGCCGUCACUGCCGCCAACAUCGAUCUUGCCAACUCCGACGGCCUCAAGCUUGCGCGCGAGGUCGACCCCGAGGGUCAGCGGACGAUCGGCGUUCUUACAAAGGUCGAUCUUAUGGACGAAGGCACUGAUGUUGUUGACAUUCUGGCUGGUCGCAUUAUUCCGUUGCGGCUGGGAUACGUCCCUGUCGUCAACCGCGGUCAGCGAGACAUUGAUAACAAGAAGCCGAUCCAGGCCGCUUUGGAAAACGAGAAGAAUUUCUUCGACAACCACAAGGCAUACAGAAACAAGAGUUCAUACUGUGGAACACCCUACCUGGCGAGGAAGCUCAACCUCAUCCUGAUGAUGCACAUCAAGCAAACGUUGCCCGAUAUCAAGGCCCGCAUCUCAAGCUCGCUGCAAAAGUACUCGGCCGAGUUGGAGAGCUUGGGACCCAGCAUGCUGGGUAACAGUGCAAACAUUGUGCUCAACAUCAUCACCGAAUUCACAAACGAGUGGCGGACGGUGUUGGAUGGCAAUAACACGGAGCUCUCGAGCACGGAGUUGUCGGGCGGUGCCAGAAUCAGCUUCGUCUUCCACGAGCUGUACUCAAACGGCGUGAAGGCCGUUGACCCUUUCGACGUGGUCAAGGACGUUGAUAUCCGCACCAUACUGUACAACUCGUCCGGCUCCUCCCCGGCUCUCUUCGUCGGCACCACCGCCUUUGAGUUGAUCGUGAAGCAGCAGAUCAAGCGUCUGGAAGACCCCAGUCUGAAGUGCGUGUCUCUCGUCUAUGACGAGCUGGUGCGCAUCCUGUCGCAGCUCCUCGGCAAGACUUUGUACCGCAGGUAUCCUUCGCUCAAGGAGAAGGUCCACACCGUCGUCAUCAACUUCUUCAAGAAGGCCAUGGAACCCACCAACAAGCUGGUCAAGGACCUGGUCGCCAUGGAGGCAUGCUACAUCAACACCGGCCACCCCGACUUCCUGAACGGUCACAGAGCCAUGGCCAUGGUCAACGAGCGCUACAACCCCUCCAAGCCCGUCCAGGUCGACCCCAAGACGGGCAAGCCUCUGCCGGGCGGCACUCCUAGAGCAUCCAGCCCGGUCGUGCCAGAGGACUCUGCGAACGGGGGCUUCUUUGGCAGCUUCUUUGCUGCGAAGAACAAGAAGAAGGCGGCCGCCAUGGAAGCUCCCCCGCCAACACUCAAGGCCUCUGGAACGCUCUCGGAGCGGGAGAACAUUGAGGUUGAAGUCAUCAAGCUGCUCAUCUCCUCGUACUACAACAUUGUGAAGCGUACCAUGAUCGACAUGGUGCCUAAGGCCAUCAUGCUUACCCUCGUUCAGUUCACCAAAGAUGAGAUGCAGAAGGAGCUUCUGGAGAACAUGUACCGCACCGACACCCUAGAUGACCUGCUCAAGGAGAGCGACUUCACCAUCCGCAGAAGGAAGGAGUGCCAGCAAAUGGUGGAGUCCCUUGGCAAGGCCAGCGAGAUCGUCAGCCAAGUCCAGUAAAGACGCGAUACGAUAUACACGACGGCUUUUCGGAGAAGCACUAGAACGAUGCCCGCUGUGAUGCCGGCCCGCCCCACGCUUCCGGGGGAACAGAAGAGAAGGAGCGCGGCGUUAAGGUAGUAAAAUCUUCCCAUGUAUCGUCGGCGGGAUCCCCGGAGGCUUGUGAGGCAGUAGACAGACAGCUCAACAGCGGCAGUUGCGGUGAUAGUCUUUUAAUGAGAGUGGCAUACAUUUGUUUCUUGAGAUGGAGACUGGAUCAAAGAUGGCCAAAGAGAUUAGCGAUGCGGAGGCAGCAAUGAAAACUCAUAUUCCCACUUGGUUU